AUUUCUUAUGAAAAUGUGCAAAAAUGAAGCGGGGUUAGUAGUAUUUGAAGUAUUAAUAAGUUGGAACAAGUUUGUCAGUUUCCUCUGGAGGCAGACGUCACACAGCGGUGUUUAUCGGUGAGAAAGACUAGUGAAAGCCCGAAUCUAUUCCGAAUCAACAUAUUUUUCCUGUUUUAAUCGAUCCUUUGCAUAUGUAGCUUAAUUGUAAUUCACUACAUCCAGGUGACCGACAAUGAAUCCACCUAGGCCUAAUAAUCGGCAAGAUCCUGCCAUCUACCAACCAAGCAGGAAUCCUCCACCUGCCAAGCAAUCUGCUCCAGGCAAUGUGAUGAUGUACAAUCCAAAUCAGUACAGUCAAGGAUUCCCUCCUGCGAACGGUUCUUGGGCACCACCGAGGCAGCAGCCACCAUUGCAACAGCAGCCCCAACAACAACAAGCCCCACCACCACCUACUCAAGAAUCAUGGGAUUGGGAUGAAAAUGUUAACAAUUUCCAGAGCUAUCCAGAACCUAACCAAACAGCAGCCAAGUUGCAGAAUGUCCCUCCUGCCAACCCUCCUAAUUUGUAUAGUGUGCCUGAUUACUCUUUGACGCAGCCAGUGCCCAGUUAUCAACCUGAACAUACUGUCAAUAACAAUCAAUAUGACACACAAGCUCCAAGCAGCAAUCAAAACUGGGGAUGGAAUGAAGGAGAAGAUUGGGGUUGGGGCAAUGAGUAUCAACAGCAAAAUAUUCAACAGCCUCAAACAUCCCAGCCGCCACUACCAGUCAGCCAAGUCGAGAACCAACAGUCGACCAACUAUCAAAGCAUGCCACCUCCUCCAGUCAACAGCGGUCUGGAGACGGGCUUUAGCACUCUGUCGCUAUCUAACCAGGCUCGAGAAGAGCCUUUGCAAGGACAAGAGCAACCACAGCAUCCGCCGUGGGCUCAGCAACAGCUUCCGGCUCCAACGCAGUCUGAAGAAUCCAACUGGUCCCGCGUACCAACUUGGGGAUCAGCUCUGGAUCACGAACAGAGUCCUUACGAGCCUGGCCCUGAAUCGUCGUACCCACGAGAGUUGGGUGAAAGGAACACGUUUGCUGAUGGAGCUUCGUUUACCGAUCCAUCUCAGUCCUUACCACCGCCACCCGCAUCUCUUGGAAACGACCAGGUUUACGCACCACCUGUGUCGGUACAACCAAACAUCCCGUCAGAGCAGCAGAGCAUGUACGGCGGCGGUCGAUCGAUGCAUCCUCCACCAUCGACUUUAAAUCUAGGGACCGAAUUAACUCGGGUUUCACCUACUCCUUUGAUUGGAUCUAACAUGGAUCAAAUUGAACCGAGUACUGAUUCGACUGCUGUUGAACCUGCAACACUACCCUCACUGACUGCCCACCGAAUCAAUUCCGGAUCAUCUUACGGAUCGAAUACGGAAGGAUUCAACAGUGGACCAGUUGGAAUGACGUACAACGGCUCUGAAUUCCCUGUAGCGCCUCAUGUUGGUGGAGUACCGAUUCCCACCUCGGAUUUGUCCAUCGGCAAUCGCCUGCCGGGAAGUGGAAGUCGUUCGCAGUCUGGCACGCCGUCGAUGGAGCGUGAAAGUGAGCGACCUGAUGCGGAAGGCGGAUACGAAAACGAUCAACCAACACCGCUGUUUUCACAACCUGCGUCCAUCCCGUAUGCGGCCAUGGCGGAGCGCAAGAUGACGCAAGAAUCACCUGCCGGAAGUCGCCCAUCUUCCCGCCAAGCCGGUUCUACUCCUUCAUCCGAGACGGCCAGCGCCAAUCCUUCUCCCUAUCAUCUACCCGGAGAUGGUAAUGCGUUUGCCCGACCGAAACCAGUGUCCGGACCUGGAAGUUUCUAUCCGGUCGCUACCACUUCUCACGUCGCUGCAGCACCCCCACCUUCAUCGGCUGCUCCGACUGUUGCACGAGGAUCGCAAGAGGCCGUGGGCAGUGAAUUUGGCCCACCCGUUUCGGCCGUUCCACUCUCUAGGGCUGAAAAUUUGACGACAUCGUCGUCCAUGUUGCCUCCAAGCUCACAGCGCAUGAUUCCGGGUAGUGGAUCUCAACCGCCUUUACUAUCGAUGGUUCCUACUCCGCAACAGCAACAAUCGCAGCCUCAGCCGCAGCCACGUCCUGCCGGUACAGUAACUCCGGUUUCGGAGCAGAGAAUCGUGACUGGAUUCGCCAAAAACGAUCCCGUUCCCGCACCACCUGUCGUGCAAGCAGCGCCGCUUCUGGCCGCUGCUCCGCAGGGACCACCGCCAAUGCAGCAGGUGGAAGAAGUGCGGACGCAGCAGUCGGUCAGCCGUUCACCUCCGCCACCUCACCGAAGUGAGACGAUCGGAUCGGAGAAUCCCCGGGCUAAUCUCAAUUCAGGGGCGGCUCCAACAGGUGGAACUGCUGGCGGCAAUGGAACAGCAGAUCGAUCGGAUGAUCGUAUUUCCAGUGACAGGGAUCGGGAUCGUGAGAUAAAACCACACGACAGAGGUUCUCGUGUGGAACGUGACCGAGAUCGUGAUGACUACGACCGUGAAGGUCGCAACCGCUACCCGGAUGACGAUGAGGACGAGCGCUUUUCCACCAGUUAUCGCGAACGCGAUCGUCGCUACGAUAGUGAAAGGGACCGAGAACGAGAUCACCGUGACCCUCGUCGCUAUGACGACCGAGAUCGAGCCUACAAUCGGCAGGAUUAUGACGAUGACCGUCGUAGUGGCUACGGACCUACAGACCGGGAUCGUGCCCGCGAUCCUCGGCGCCGAGAUACGCGACGGUCGGAAUAUUAUUUGACGGAUGCCGAAAUGUACGAGCGUUCCGGUGGUCGCAGGAGCUCACUCUACGAAGGUGACAACAACGACCCGGCUGGCGAUUUCAAUCGCUCAGCCUACGGGUUCAACACAUCCAGGGAUGGUCGGCGACGUGAUAACGACAGAUCCAGGAUUGACGACCGAUACUACCCGAGUACAAGAGACAUUAGUACAAGAGCUGGUGCCGAAGUUCCGGAAAGAGCCAAUUCCGAACGUGAUUAUCGCCACUCGGUCUCUUCGGGCACUGGCGGAAGGCGUCGAGAUCCGCGCGAUCUCUAUUAUCAACAGGAUCCGCGAUAUUACGGCUACUCGUCUCGUGAUGCGGCUUACGAUCCGUACCGCACUGGUGGCUACCAUCAUUCAGCCGCUGCUGCUGCGGCCGCCGCCGCCGCUUACAAUCAGCAGAUGCUGAACUACAACCAACAGAUUAACCACGCCUUGAAGUACAACUACGCGCUGUUUGAGGAGUUGCGGUUGAAAAAUCCGGCCGCUUACAGCGAGUGGUACCGGAGCAACUAUGCCCAGCGUUACACGCCGACGGUGGUGACGGGCGGCACUGGGACGGCGCUCGGAAGUAUCGCCGCUUCUGAGGCUGAUCGAGCCAGCGUCCAUUCCGGACGCAGCUCGGUCAAUGAAGACCAUCCUUCCAUGUUGGCCAACCACUCCAUCUCGCAGCAGUUGAUUCGCGGUUCGACGACGGGGCUGGACCAGUCCCACGCUUACGAUUACAGCCUUUACCAGGAUGAGGAUAAUACCCCGCUGACCACACAGAUUCGGCCAGCACAGGACAUGACGCCUCAUAAAUUUUCCUGUCCGCACGUCAUCGCCCGCUUCUCCCCGGGAGGGAUACUCUUGCGUGUUUUGCCCAACAGCCCCAAAGAUGGCGUGGCGGCUCACAUUGAGCUUCACGAUUUGAACGUCCUACUUGGCGACUUGCCCACGGCUCAAGAAUUGAAAUUCUUUCCUGGUCCUUUGGUGCCGGGCCAGACCCACAAACAGCAAGUGGCCGUCUUUUGCCAGCAAAAGAUUCGACGUGCCACAGAUGAUGGCAACCAGUUGGUCGACCGUCAAUCGUACGUUCUUUUGUGGGAGCUGUUGUUGCUCCUACUCAGGCAGAAUGGCACGAUUGUCGGCACUGACAUUGCCGAGUUGCUUCUCAAGGAUCACGAAAUUCUCAGAGAGCCCGUCGUGGUGCAGGAGACUCCAGAAAACGGCGUGGAGGUGGUGACAGUGGCGGCAGAUCGUACCCUCGUUUCCCGUCAAACGGAAGCCUCGGUGACGAAAAAGUUUCGCGAGCUGCUCUUGUUCGGCAACAAGAAAGAGGCUCUCGAAUGGGCCAUGACUCAAGGUCUUUGGGGUCACGCCUUGUUUCUAGCCUCAAAGAUGGACCAAAGGACUUAUUCGAGUGUUAUGAUCCGCUUUGCUAAUGGAUUGGCGUUAACAGAUCCACUGCAAACUCUUUAUCAGCUCAUGUCAGGUCGCCAACCGACGGCAGUGACCAGCUGCGGUGAUGACAAAUGGGGCGACUGGCGUCCUCAUCUGGCAAUGAUCCUCUCCAACUCGACGUCCAAGUCGGGCAACAAUUCCUCGGAAUUGGACAAGAAAUCGAUUGUGACGCUGGGGGACACGCUCUCGGCUCGUGGCUUUCUGCUGGCCGCCCAUUUUUGCUACUUGGUGGCCCAAGUGGAGUUUGGGAACUAUUCAAACAAGGCGUCCAAGUUGGUCCUGCUCUCCUCAUCCAGCUCGUUGUCGUUUGACGCUUUUGCGACUAACGAAGCAAUUCAGUGCACCGAGGUCUACGAGUAUGCUCGCCAGCUGGCCGCCCCGGAAUUUAUGAUACCGUCCUUCCAAUCGUACAAGUUUCUUUACGCCACUCGGCUGGCCGAACAUGGGCGCCCGGCCGAAGCCCUGCAGUACUGCGAGGCCGUUGGCAACAUUCUGGCCAAAUCGGCUUCCACCUACUCGCCGUCUCUCAUCGACCAAGUCUAUCAGCUCGGCUCGAUGCUCAAGUACAGCGAUCCGCAAUUCCUGACGGAGAAUGAUGGCACCUCAUUAGGCGAUCCGUCUUGGCUGACUGCUUUGGAAGCGGCCGUCAAGGCGGCCCAAGUCGAUUACUCGCCCGUCAUUGGCACCGAAAAGUUGUCGUUCGAGCAACAGCCGACCGAACCGGAAUCAUCCCUUCCACCUACUUCCACUGAUUAUUCGUCUUAUCAACAACAGCCACAUGGCCAGUACGGUGACCAGCAGAAUGCUCAGCAGCAGCAGCAACAACAACAACAACAGCAGCAGCAGCAAUACUACCAUCCAGCGUCAAGCGUUCAACAGCAGCCCUACUAUGAUCCGCAAUCCUCGGGCCAGCAGCAGCAGCAGCUACAACAACAAAAUUACAGUGAAGACAGCCAUGUCCAUCAACAGCAGCAGCAGCCCAGCGAACAGGAGAGCAAUCCGUAUUCGUCUAAUGCCGGACAGGAUUACAGCUCCUACGGCUCGUCUCAGUACAAUCCCGGCUACAGUUGGCAACAGCCCCAACAGCAGCAGCAACAACAACAGCAGCCGUGGAAUCACGGAGAAAUGAACGCAGCCAAUGGAGCCGUCACGGAUUACUGGAAUCCGUCAAACAACAAUUUGAAGGAUUCGAAUGGGAGCGCGGUCGGAUCUGUUCGACCGGAAGAGUCGAGAGAUUCGGAUCAUUCCGAUGCCGAUGAGGAUCGAUCUGCGCCAGCCAUCAAUGCCGUGGAACCGGUGGCGGCCGACAUGUCGGCCAAACGGGUCGUUUUCGGUGGGACAUAUCCCAUCGACCGGCCGAUGACGUUGAAUUUUGGCGCCGCCGGAGCUGCUGCCUCGUCUCGCCGGCAGCAAAUGAGUUUGACUCUCAAGACGCCGCGCACGUUCGCCAUUGACGAACCCAUCCGAGAAGACAAUUCGCUCGAGAGCGCGACGUCGGCUGAUGAAGACGCCGGGCCCAAUUCGUUUUCUGAGCCGUCGUAUUUCAAUCCGGCGUCGUCUUCGCUGGGACCGUCGGUCGAGUCGAAGCCGGACGACAAGCAGAGUGGCAAGCAGGAGAGUGGAGGCGGCGGUAACAGCAAUAGCAGUAAAGCGGCGGCAGCAGCAGCCGCUAGGGCUCAGCAGGCCGGAAGCGGAGGCAGCUGGUUGGGCGGAUUCUUCAGCAAGUUUAAGCCCAAGACGCAAAUGAAAUUGCCCGACGAUAAGAACCCGACGAUCGUGUGGGAUGCCAAGAAGGGCCAGUGGGUCGACACGGGCAAGGACAGCGAGGAUGAAGCGGCCACUUUAGCGCCUCCGCCCAAGGACGCCAGUUUCCAGUCGCUGCCUCCUAUGACUCCCAUGACGCCGGCCUUUUCUUCUCCCUUCACGGCAGCCCCUGCGGCCUCCAACCACAACAACAACGAAGGCAACCGAUUCGGACUCAACAAAGGCCGAGUAGGCCGAGGCGGAAGGAAUGCUUACGUCAAUCCGUCCAACAUCAAAAUCAGUUCGGUCAACAGCCCCUUGCCGCUGCUGGAUGCAUUUCCGGCAGUGACGCCAUCGUUAUCCACAGCAGGGACACCGCAAUUUUUCGUUCCGUCACCGGCGAUGAUGGAUCCAUCAUCCGCGCCUGUCGAUUUCGUCUCUUCGCCCGCCCAGCAACCCGACACCACCCAAGGGCACGUCGAUUCCGGCAGUGCUGGCGAACGCUUCUUGUACAAUCCGACCCAAUUGGCCCCACCGGCGUCGGUGCCCAGUGGACGCCCAGGCCUUGCGAGUCGAGGCCGAUAUCCGCGCUAAAAAUAAAAAAAAAUAUCGAAAGAGAAUCGAAAAACGACAAAUUUAAUUAUCAAAUUUAGAAGGAAAUGAAUUCAAAACAUCUGCAAAGAGAAGGAAAUUUAUAGAAUUUGAAUAUCCGAAAUAAUAAAAAAUAAAAUAAAAAUUGAGUAGAGUUUAGAUGUCGACGUGUGAGCAUCAUCUCUCCUCGGCCCCGACCUGUUUUUUUUUUUUUUUGUCGCAAACUUUUGUAUUUUGUUUGUUUUGUUUAUUUUUUUUUUCUCUCUAUUUCUUUCUCAUGUGUGGUGUUGGGCCGAAUAUUUUUGCCUGGGUCGACAGACUUCUCUCCCAUUUUCUUCAUUGUACAAUUUUGGUUGUUGUUUCUUUCCCCCACAUCUUUUUUUUUUUUUUUUUAAUAUUUUGUUUUUCAUCCCCUUUCAAUUUGAAUUUGUUGUGGUUCUCUCUUUUGCCAUAGAACAUCCGAUUAUUAUGUAUUGAUCGUGGAGCUCCCCCGAUGUGUUACCACCACGCCCCAGCUGGUUUUUCUUUUCUUUCUUGGAUUCGUUUUUGUGUGUGUCCAUUUGUGAACCAGGUGGGAAUUGAAAGUCGUGACGCGCAUCGUAGAUUUCCUUCAUAUUUUUUUUCUUUUUCUUUCUGCGGGGAAUAAUUCUUUAUCGUGUCAGAUAAAAACAACAACAAAAACAACACAUACUUGAAUCCUUUUUUUUUUUCUUCUUUAUAUAUUUGUGUAUAAUUUCCUUGCCAACUCCACCUCCUUAGCUCUUCUCGAAUACUUUCCAACUCUUCCCACUUCUGCCUGUUCGUCCAGUGUCCACUCACUCCUUUAUAUUCUUCCCCGUUUGGUGAUAGACUGAUGAAAAAUACAAUUCACAAUUUACACACAAAA